AUUAACCACAGAAGAUAAUCCGCUAGAUAACAUUGAGCAUAUUGCAACAAGUCAAGACAUAAGUGUCUUAAGAUUACGCUAAAAUUAUAGUUCGCCCUUAAUUUAUACAAUUUAAGGGACUUCGAUAAAAAAUAUGUACACUAAUUAAAUGUUGUUUAAAGAAAGGACUUAAACUUAUUGAUUUUUGGUUUAAAUCACGAAUUAAAAAGGCAGCACUUAAUGUAAUUUAUAAUGUUAAUAGUAGUAAGAUAGGAACAGAAAGAUAUUUAUAAUAUCAGUUACUUAGUUUCGCUUUUGGAUAGGCUACUAUCAGAAAUGAACUCAAUCCACAAAAUGAUCUUAAGCACAUAAUUCAAACCAUAUCUUACUGACUAAACAAACCAGAAAGGCCCCCGCCACAGAUAUAAAACUAAUAAGUACUGCCGUCCGCCCAUUUGUAUCCAAAACCAUAUAUCAGGAGCGCUGCGGCGGAGGCGGUGUGUUCUGAAUAGCUAAGAUGAGGCCCUCUAAGUCUCGGGACAGCUCGCGGGGCAAGCCAAGGGCGGGCACCCGCGUAGGACAUUUUAAGUGCUGAGCCAAAAACAAUAGAGCAGUUUUCCGUAGGGACCUUACCUGGACGCAAACAAACCAGUUGGUCCGGUGCUGCACCCCCGCCAGGCAGCUGGGAGCUCUGAAGAACCUCUUGUUGUGGAUUACGUAGUUCUCGUUAGUCGUCGGAUCGGUGAACUCCCAGGGAUGAGUGACGUAGGUGUCCACGUUGAAAUAUGUGCGUGGCUGCAUCCGCACAUAAUGACGACGGAGGCCUUGGAAAUCGAUCCACCAGAUGUCUACCGGGCGCGACACGCUAUUUACGAAACGUAUGUAAAUAGCUUGCUCGGAAGCCGUCGAGCGCACCAUGACACGCUCGCCGCGUUCGUUCGUCUCGUAAAAGUGGUGAAUGUCUUCAUCGUUACCUGCCAUUUUAAAAUCUGGAUUCUGGACCACAAAUCGAUCAAUCAACACAUUGCCCUAAAUCACCUAUGAUGCAACUUCACGCAGACGUCCGCGUCCGAUGGUAUUAAAUAAUCAAUAAAAUUAUUGUCAUGCACACGUAUGUACGCCAAUAAAGUUUUUCAAAGUUUCCCGCCUUGUAUGUAAUGUUAGUUGUAAGCUGUUGGCAGCACCAAUUUACUUCCCGUCAACAUAGAGCAACGAUGGCUGUUUGUGUCGCAGUUAUUGGCAAAGAUAACUCCCCGUUAUACAUAGGCGGUAUCGGCAAUGAUUCCGGGUCAGACAACGAGCUAUCACGACAAUGGUUGGUCCACACCGCCCUUGAUGCAUUGGAGGAGCGUCUUACCACCAGCAGCAAUGGCGCUGCUGGCGCCAACGCGAAUGCAGCCCGCACUGAUAUGAGAGACCUGUAUUUGGGACUUUUGUACUCUACUGAUACGCAUAAAAUUUACGGCUAUGUGACCAACACGCGCAUCAAGCUGGUGCUUGUAACGAGCUCUACGUCACCCAGCGGCAGCAAUAUCCGCGACGCAGAAGUCCGCACAGCACUGCGACGACUGCACGCGUUGUAUGCCGACGCCAUUUGUAAUCCUUUCCAUCUACCAGGAGACCCCAUCUCUUCCCAGAAGUUCGACAAGCAAGUGAAGAAUUUAAUGCUGAACAACGUCUGAUUUAAAUUACAUACAUCAUUUUUGCCCGUUGUAUAAUUUAUAUGAUUAGUAAGCCAGAAAUAUCUAAACAACUUUAUCUGAAUUAUGUGAAUGCAUUGGGGGACAUGGAGGGUGAUAUGUGAUAAAUGAUAAUCUAGCUAUGCUUUACCAACACUACUGGCCCCGUCGUUAAAAUAAUGUUUUAUUUUAAUUUUAGUACUUUAAUUUAUAUUAUUAAAUGAUACCUACCGUU